GUGUCGUGUACAGAUUAGCCAGUAGCCUGCAAGCAGCCUGUACUGUCCAGUAUGGGGGUGAAAGAUCGCCCCCAGUGCUACUUUGAUGUGGAAAUCAACAGAGAGCCAGUUGGACGCAUUGUCUUCCAGCUGUUCUCAGAUGUUUGUCCCAAGACAAGCAAAAAUUUCCUCUGUCUGUGUACUGGUGAGAAAGGUACUGGUAAAACUACAGGGAAAAAAUUAUGCUACAAAGGGUCUGUAUUUCAUCGAGUUGUUAAGAACUUCAUGAUACAAGGUGGAGAUUUCACUGAAGGCAAUGGAAGAGGAGGGGAGUCCAUAUAUGGUGGCUACUUCGAAGACGAGAACUUUUCUCUCAAACAUGACAGAGCCUUCCUUCUGUCCAUGGCCAACAGGGGCAAAGACACAAACGGCUCCCAGUUUUUCAUAACCACAAAGACAGCACCACAUCUGGACGGAGUUCACGUGGUAUUCGGGCUGGUCAUCUCCGGGUUUGAAGUGAUCAAGAAAAUCGAGGGCCUAAAGACGGACUCUGCCAGCAGACCUUACGCCGACGUCAGAGUGAUCGACUGUGGGCAGCUGAUUACAAAAUCUGCCAACGAUGUGCUGGAGGGCAAGAAGAGAAAAGCUUUCUACUCAGAAGACGACUCUCCGAGUUCAGAAUCGUCCUCACUGGAGUCUGGAGAAGAUCCUGAUGAUGAGUAUUUGCACAAAAAGAAAAAGCUUUCGUCCAAAAGCAGGCGUGCAAAGAGAAGACGGAAAGAAGCCGGAAGGAGAGAGAGACGCCGCGAAAAAACAGCAAGUCAGGAGAGCCCUUCUAAACGAGAGAUAGUAGAGGAAGAGGAUGGGCAGAAAAAACAGAACGUAAAGAGGGAGAAGCCUAAGGUCCGACCGGAGGAGAUCCCUCCUGUACCAGAAAACCGCUUCCUGCUCCGACGAGACGUUCCAGCGCAGGAAGAGACGACCGUCAUUGCUGAACAGAAGCAGGAUAGUGUCCCAAAUGUUUCCAAACCAGUGGUCACAAAGUCCGGUCGGAAGAUCAAAGGCCGUGGCACCAUGAGGUACCACACUCCUCCUCGAUCAAAGUCCCAGUCUGAGGAGGACAGAGGGAGCAGCGAGACUCCUCCACACUGGAAGGAAGAGAUGCAGAGAACCAAGACCUACCAGCCUCCCAGUGUAGAGAAAUGGAGCAAAGGGGAGAGGUGGGAUGAUAUAAGUGGCACCCCGUGGUCACGGUCCAGGUCAUGGUCCAGGUCUCGGGAGCGCUCUUCAGACCGGACGUCUGAUCACUCGGUUCAGCAUCAAAAACACAAAAGAGAAAAGAAAAAAGCCAAACACAAGAGAAAGUCCAAGAAACCAAAGCAUUCAAAAAAGCAUAAAAAGAACAAACUCGGAGUUGUAUCGUUUUCAAAAGGAGAGACGUCUGCUUCGUCUGGUAGAGACUCAAAAGCCUCGAACCGUCUUGAAAGAAAGUCCUAUUCACGCUCUCGCUCCCCUUCUACCUCACGCCACUCUCACAGGUCGAACAGGAGACGGUCCUCGUCCAAUUCGUCCAGAGAGUCGCGAUCCUACUCCAGAUCGAGAGGCAGAUCCUAUUCCCGAAGUCUUUCACGAUCUGAGAGCGGUUCAUUCUCAAGAUCGAAGUCGGGGAGUCUUUCCGGGCGAUCCGUCAGCAGAUCACGUUCUUACUCUAGGUCUAGCUAUAGUUCCAGGUCCAGGAGCAGAUCUAGGACUAGAUCUAGGUAUAGGUCAGGAUCACCAUACAGUAAAAGGCAUACGUCAAGAUCUUCUAGAAGAGCAAAGCUCACAGAUGAAACUAAAAGAAAAGCUGGGAAUUUAUUACCCACUGCUGCACAAGCUGUGGAACCCAAAAGCUCCAAGGGUGAAUCUUCGGCGACCGUCACUGUUUUGCCGUUAAGCGACAGCCCGCCUCCCUCUCGAUGGAAACCGGGACAGAAACCUUGGAAACCAUCUUACGUGCGCAUCCAAGAAACAAAGUUAAAGACCUCUCCAGCUCUGGUCAGCAGAAUCGCUGUGGAAAGAAAAGCUCCACCCAGCGUUCAGUCUCACAAGGGAUCCGACAGUGCUGACCAGUACGACAAGCAACCCGACUCUCAUAUGAGAGGAGAUUUAUCCAGGAGUCCAUCCUCUAGUCGUUCCAGAAGCAGGAGUCGCUCUAGUUAUCAGUCCGUGUCGCCUGGUCGCUACAGCAGGUCUGCUUCAUCUUCAUCCUCAGACUCGUAUUAUUCAUACUGCAAAAAGUCCUCAAAAAAGGAGAGACAACAUGAGAGUCCUCGUAAGACGGGGCAAAAAAGGACCAAGGAUGUAAUACACAGCCAGGCCAAACAGGAUACAUCUCCGUCACAUUCUGGUGAUGAAAGGGAUACUGCAAGCGGUCUUAUCAACAGACAAAAUGGUUCCAAGGUACAGGAAAAGGUGCUCGAUUCUGUACCACAUGACUUAGAGUCUACAAUGAAAAAUCUUAAUCCAAACAAAGCAAAUUCUAAAGGAGAAUCGGGAUCCGGUUGGCAAAGUGACGGCGAACACCCAAGCAAGCCGUUGCCUGUGCCUGCUGAUGCUCAGAAUUCAGCUCCAAUUCCUGUAAAGGUGGAAGGCGAACUCUCAGAAAUGAAAAAGAUGAAACUCUGGGCUCAGUGCUCGGACUCUGAAAGUGACCCCGAAAUUCCAGAAUCGAAGGCCGGCGAAGUUAAACACGUGUCGGACAAGGAGGAAGGGGAGGCGAGUUCAGAACCGGAAAACGAAGAGCCUAACCAAACUGGGCUUUCUAAUCGACCGGGGCGAGAAUUAAACCACGACAAGGAAAAUUCUGAUCGUUUUACAAAGGUUAAAAAGCACAAGAGUAAAAAGUCAAAGCGGAAGCACAAGAGAAGAAAUUCCGACAGGUCUGGCUCGCACAGAUCGAAGAACAAAACAAAAAGAUCCAAGAAGAAACACCAGAAGCCGAAGGAGACGUUUCACUGGCAGCCUCCGUUGGAGUUUGGUGAGGAAGGGGAGGAAGAUGAUUCGCUUGUGCAGCGAGGUGAAGUCAAAGAUGGACAAACAAAACUAGUAAAAGCGAAUAUAUUAAAAGAAAUAAGCUCUACUACUGAGGCUUCUAGGAGUGGAAAUGAGUCUGAAAAUGUGGCGAAACACCAACUAAAGCUAAAUAUCAAAGAGGAAAAAAAACCAGCACGAAACAGACAGGGAGGGAUGAUAGCAUUUAGUCAGUCAAGUCCUAGCCAAGACCAUAUGGACGAUAUGGAAAUCUGUACCCCAGAACACAACACCGAGACCACCGCGGAACCACUGGUGUUGGAGCUGCACACAAUAAAAAAGGAUCCAGCUCUACCUCAGUCCUCAGAUACAAGUCUGUCUGUUUUUACUCCUGCCAGUGAAUUAGAAGCUGCUACCACGGUCAUCUCUGAUGAUACCAAAUGGAAGCCUUUAAAGGGUAUGACCGUAGUACAGUCAGUCACAGCAACAGCCGUAGCCCUGAACGUAAACAGAACCCAGGAGCAAGCAGUGGCCAGAACUCAGGGCCUCAAGAUAGAGAUCAAGAGCAUAAACCGGGUCCGGCCGGGAUCCCUGUUCGAUGAGGUGCGCAAGACGGCUCGGUUAAACCAGCGGCCCAGAAAUCAGGACAGUUCCAGUGACGAGGGCUCUCCCACUCCAACAGGAGAGCAGUCGGGAUCCCGGGAGCAUUCCCGGAGCAAGUCCCGCUCUGCGUCCAGUCCCAGGUCCAGGCACAGAGACGUGUCUCGCUCAUACACUCACUCGAGGAGCAGGUCCAGGAGCUCCAGCUAUUCGUCCAGGAGAUACAGCAGAAGCAGAAGGAGAUACAGUAGAAACCGGUCCCGGUCCCAGGGUAGCAGCAGUCACGGCUACCGCAGUUCUGCAUACAGUAGAAGUCGUUCUAAGAGCUGGACCAGAAGACGCCACAAGUCAAGAUCAGACAGCUACGACAGUUAUUCAAGCCGCAGUCGAAGUCGCAGUGGUGGCAGGAGAGGACGACACAGACGAAGUCAAAGCUCUGACCGCAGGUCCCGAUCGUAUCACUCCUAUAGUCGCAGUCCGUCGAGGCGGGGCAGCCGUAGCAGUCGUUACAGCUGAGAUGGGUUUUCAUGAGGGUUUUUUACUUGGUCAGUUGGUAUGAAAGCAAAACCAGAAUCUUUUUCAACUCCAUUUGUUUUUUAUAAAAAUAGUUUCUAUAUGAAACAGGUAAUAAGAGCCAGUUUAACUUGUAAAUACUUUGCUGUGUGAAUGUACCAUGCUCUCGGUUUCUAUGUUACAGUUAUGAUUUUUUUAAUAAGAUGUGUAUCUUUUGAGCGGACGUAGGAUGUAUAUGAAUGUACUACAGUAUUUUAGGCCACCGUGUUUUCAUAUCAUGUCUCAUUUGUAUGUGAAGUGAUGGGAGUUUAGAUGCUCUCCAGUCAGGAGAUUAAAGCCUGGUUUACGCUUCAUUGAUGGGGCUACUGAGUGCCAUCCGAAAAGCUGAUAAACCCUAAAUUCCAGUGGCUGCUGCUUCUACCUGUGCAGGACUGCAUCUCCUAAAGAUUUUCCUCUAAUCGCUAUGCUAAAGUACAAUGUGAAGAAAACUUAGUGUCCUAAAAUAUUAAUGACAUUUUACUGAGUAUCUGCUUCAUUUAUGCUCAUCUCAUCACUGCUAAGGGGGGUUUUGAGAAUUGGAUAAAAUGGUGAGCAUAAGCCCUCGUACCCCAGAUCGUCAGGAUCCUGUGUGUUUACAUUUUUGGUUCAUUGACAUGACCUGUGUUCGAAGUAUAUCAUGUGACUUCCCACUGCUAGGAAUGCUGAUUGGCUGGUAUCAUGUGAGAAUUAAAAAGAAAAACAAUUACUGUAAUAGGACGGCACAGCAGCUGGACGAUAUGGGUCGAACCUUGCCGUUUGUGAUGUGGUUACUGUAACGCAGUUUGGCUGCCCCAGCGCUGCAUACCUGUAUGCAUAUCUUUAUUGGACAAUCACCGAGGAGGUGGACGGAAUUUUUGCUUGCUUCUCUUUGGGAAAGUCCAGCCAAGCAUCAAUAGGUUUUGAAAGUAUAAACCAGGCUUAAGGAUACAAUAGACUUUUGGUUCUGAAUGACAGGGUUAUAUUUAAGUAUUUUGAAUUCGGUGGUCUUUUGUUAUCAUGAUGCCAGUUUUCUGAUCUAUCUUACAUUAGAGUGGACGUAUAGAUUCGUCAGGCAGUGAGUGAGAAACUAUCCAUAUAUUUUUUUAAACUAAGUUCUGAACUAACAAUGAUUACUUUGGGAUUUGCUGAUAAAGUUUCUCAUUAUAACUGCCAAUUUUUUAUCACUGUUUAAUACUGUUACAAUAUUAUAUUAGAGACGAUGUUAUAGUACACUCGUAUAUUAAACGGAAUUACUGUACAUGUGGGAUGCUUUUUCAAAGCUGACAAAACACAGAAGAUAAUUUGGAGAUAAUUAUUAUAACUGCUGAGUGAGAAGUGCAGAAUCUACUUGAGCUCAGAAGCACAAACUUUGCCCACAAAUGCUGCCAGUAUGAAGUGUAAACUGGUAUUACGAAACAUCUACUUGAAGUGUUGAAUAUCACAGUAAAUUAUGUAACAGUUAUCAGCACAUCCCUACUACAAAUAUUUACUUUUGGUUUGGUUUAUCCAGAGUAUGAUUGAUUAUGUUUGUUGAGACAAAAAAAUAAUAAUAAUAAACACCAGUUUACUUCUGCA